AUGUCGUCCGCCACCAAAUCGUCCGUCAACCUGGUGCUAGGUGUCGCAAACGUCGGAGACACGUCCGCUGACCCCAUGGCGCGCUAUAAUACCCCUGACGAAGUGAACGCGUUCCUCGACGUUUUUAACCGACGCGGAUACAGCCAGCUCGACACCUCGCGCAUGUACUCGCCCCAGGCGCCCACAACCUCGGAACCCAGGCUCGGCGCCGUCAGCGCGGGAGAGAGGUUCGCCAUCGACACCAAGGUCACGUCUGGAACGCCGGGAUGUCACACCAAGGAGAAGAUCUUGAACGAGAUUGACGAGUCGCUGAAGGCGUUGAAAAUCAAACAAAUCAAUGUCGAGUACCUGCACGUGCCGGACCGAACGACGCCGUUUGAAGAGGCGUGCGAGGCUAUGAACGAAGCGGUCGUGCAGGGCAAGAUUAGAAAAUGGGGCAUUUCCAAUUACAACGCCGCCGAGGUCCAGCGAUUUGUCGAUAUAUGCGAGGAACGGGGCCUCGUCAAGCCUAGUGUCUACCAGGGUCACUACAAUCCACUCGUGCGAGGAGGUGAGAAAGACCUGUUUCCGGUCUUGCGCAAGAAUGGCAUUGCCUUUUAUGGGUUCAGUCCCGCGGCGGCGGGGUUCUUUGCCGGGAAUCACAAGAAGGUCAGAGCUGGUGGGCGGUAUGAUACAUCGAUUCCCGUGGGCAGGAUAUACUCAAAGUUCUACGUCAAGGAGUCGAUCAUGACAGCGACGGAGAAGGCGCUUGAAGUUGCGUCUAAGCAUGGAAUUGACGGCCACGCGGCGGCGCUUCGGUGGACGGCAUAUCACAGCAUCCUCAGAAAGGAGCAUGAGGAUUCAAUAAUCAUUGGCGCCUCGAGUCCGGAGCAACUAGAGGCUAGCAUCGACAUGAUUGAACAGGGACCGCUUCCUGAAGAUGUUGUGUCUGCUGUUGAAGCCUUGUACGAGCAGAUUGUCGAUAAGAUUCCAUACCACAUGUAG